AUGGGGAAGACUUUCAUAUGGAAAAGUUUAUCGGCUGCUAUCCGUUCAAAAGGGGAAAUAAUUAUAGAUGUUGCUUCCAGCGAUCCCUUUUUGGAUCUUAUCGAGUUUGUUUAUCCCGAUUUGGUGACCAACCUGUUUAUUCCCGAGUAUUUCGAAGGCCGAGCAAUUCUUGCACCCACUAAUGAAAGUGUCGAAAUAUUCACCCCGGAAAUUCCCAACACCAUAUCAUGCUUCGGAAUUCCACCGUAUAAGCUGACAUUGAAAAGAGGUGUUCCCGUUAUGCUCAUCAGAAAUAUUGAUCAGGCUAGAGGAUUGUGCAAUGGAACAAGGCUUCAUGUUAUUAAUAUGGGAAAACACGUUCUCAACUGCAUGAUCCCCUCCGGUAAACAUGUUGGUGAUUCGGUGUACAUUCCUAGAAUGACUUUGGUACCGUCCAACUAUGCAUUGCCUAUUAAAUUCCAGGGACGUCAGUUUCCGCUAAUGGUAUCAUUCGCAAUGACAAUCAAUAAAAGUCAAGGACAAAUUAUUUCUCAUGUAGGCGUGUACUUGCCGAGACCUGUUUUCAGUCACGGACAGCUCUAUGUCGUACUCUCGAGAGUUAAGAGUCGAAGUGGCAUAAAGAUUUUGAUUAACUCGGAAUCUGGUGAUACGACCAACAUUACAAAUAAUGUUGUAUAUACAAGGAAGUUUUUCAGCGUAUAUGAAUGUUUAUUUUAG